AUGUCUCCCAGGACUAGCAACGAGCCCGAGAGGCUCUCUCUUUCUCAAUCCAGACACGCCUCCAUGGUUACAGGAAUGUCAAAUAUGGCCCCAAGAACACUCCAGGAUGAUGAACUGUCGAGCCAUGACACUUCGUCUUUGUGCUCAAUUCCCCAUGGAAACCACCAGGACAUUAAAGACUGGAACAUAAACACUACAGACUCCCUCGACCAGGCCAUGUCUUCCAAGGAAUCCCCUCACAUGCAAAUGCUUGCUUUCCAAAUGCCUUCUCAACUCAUGACCCCCACGGUCGGACCACAUGAUGUGAUGUACACAGGCGUGGACUUCCCAGCAGUUACAGACCUGCAUGAUCAUAAUGAGUUGCCGCGGGAUAUUUAUUCCUUUGUGGAUCUUUCUUCCAUGGAUAAUGAUGUCUAUGUACAGUCGAGCACACCGGAUGAUGCUCUCUCUGUUGCACACAGUUCCCACACUGAGGAUGGCCAUUUCAUUUCCAGCCACGAGCCAUGGAAUACUAUGCUGCCUGAUGGCUACCCUGGAACUACACUUGAUCAACUGUCAUCCAGCAUUUUCCAGACUGUGCCAGUCUCUCCGCCUCUAACGGAAGCUAGUAAUGAUCUUUCUGUUACUUCCUCUUGCUCCCAUCCUGGAUUUCCUUCAUAUCUUGCACCUGAUGAUACUCUCAUUGGAGACUACAUCACAUCGCCCAUGGCCGCCCACGGAAUCAACCCUGCCGAGCCUCUGUUCCCUACCCCUCUCAGCGAAAAGGACCCUAACAGGACUAUGCGGCCUUCCAAGCCUGCCCGCCGAGGUACAUUGCCAAAUGGCUCCCAACCCCAGGUCAAGCAGGAAUCCGAGCUCUUCCCACCCCUCCGUGAGCCAACCCGACAGAGAUCCAAGGAAGGGUCCGAGUCUCGCAGCCCGCGAGAGCACCCCUACUAUUCCAUGCCCACCCAAAGUGACGGAAAGUACUAUUGCCCUUUUGCCUCCGGAGAUAAGCCAUGCAACCACCCCGCCACUACGCAAAAAUGCGCUUACCAGCAAUAUCUGGAUUCUCACCUGAAGCCCUACCGCUGCAAGGUCCCUGCCUGCGUGGAUACCCAACUGCGCUUUUCUUCCAACGCGUGCUUGUUCCGCCAUGAGCGCGAAGCCCACGGAUUACAUGGCCACGGAGACAACCCUCACCUCUGCCUUUGGGAGGGAUGUGAACGAUCCGUCUCUGGAAAUGGAUUCCCCCGUAGAUGGAACCUGUACGACCACAUGCGCCGCGUGCACGACUACCAGUCCUCCGAGCGCCUUAGCUCCCCAGAGACCUCCCCUACCGCCGUCCCGGCCAAGAAGAAGGAAGCUGCCAGCCGCAAGAGACGUGGAGUCACCGGCCCUACCCCGGCACCCACCAUGAAGCGCACCCGCUCCGUCCACUCCCACGGACCGGCCAAGGCCAACCAGGCUACUGUCCAGUACGGACAGCGUCUGCAGAAUGCCGAACGGAACUUCUACCAGUGCCACGCACGUCUUCUUGAACAUGUGGGAAAAAUGACCCCGCAAGACAUAUCCGCGCACGAACAAGUCAAUGCCACUCUCAAUGAGCUUUUCACCCUUGGACUCACCUACCGCCAACUCGACGCGAGCCAUGUUUCUCAGAUGCCGCACGGACUGCCCCUGCCUGCGUGA